AUGAUCUCCGUCGCAAGGCCUUCGGUGUUGCGCGCUGUGCGCUCGCAGAUUCCUUCCUCACGACAGAUGUUCGACGUCCGGUUAUCGGCGCUCACACGACUAUUAUCGACACUUGCGAUUCUCGAGCAAAGAGGCGGCAAGCUCUCGUCAGCUUCUCUAUCCGCCAUUGCAGCUGCUCAGAAAUUGGGAGGCUCAGUUACGGGGUUCGUUGCUGGUGAGGGUGUCAAGUCAUCCGCUGCCGCUGAGGCGGCGAAGAUAAAGGGACUCGAGAAGGUUGUCGCAGUCGACAAUGCUGCGUAUGAGAAGGGCUUACCCGAAAACUACGCCCCGUUACUCGUGGACAAUAUCAAGAGCGGCGGAUAUACACAUGUGAUCGCAGGACAUUCCGCAUUUGGCAAGGGUCUCCUACCCCGUGUAGCAGCCCUCCUCGAUGUACAACAAAUUUCUGAUAUCACUGCCAUUGAGAGCGAAGAUACUUUCGUUCGACCCAUCUACGCCGGCAACGCCAUCCUCACAGUCCAAUCCGAAGAUCCGAUCAAAGUUAUCACCGUCCGAGGUACCGCUUUCCAAGGUGUUGAGACAGAGGGAGGUUCCGCAGAGAUUGUUGAUGGUGCCGACCCCAAGGCUGAGAGCACAACCGAAUGGGUUUCUGAGGAUCUCGCCAAGUCUGACCGUCCCGAUCUGGCAACCGCUUCUCGUGUCGUCUCUGGUGGUCGUGGGUUGAAGUCCAAGGAGGAAUUCGAUCGUGUGAUGCUACCAUUGGCCGAUGCCCUCGGCGCAGCAAUCGGUGCUUCUCGCGCUGCCGUGGACAGUGGAUACGCCGACAACAGUCUCCAAGUCGGACAGACUGGAAAGAACGUUGCGCCUCAAUUAUAUCUCGCCGCUGGUAUCUCCGGAGCGAUUCAGCAUUUGGCUGGUAUGAAGGAUAGUAAAGUCAUUGCCGCUAUCAACAAGGACCCCGAGGCUCCCAUCUUCCAGGUGGCUGAUGUUGGACUAGUUGGUGAUUUGUUUGAGAAAGUGCCGGAAUUAACCGAAAAGCUUAAGAAAUAG